AUGCGCCGGAAAUGUUUCCUUCCCAGAAGCCCUGAGUGCUGAUGUGUUUCUGAGACAUUUUAGUUGACAGAGACCCCAGGUUCUGAUUAUUUUAUGCCGAUAUAAUAACGGAGAGAAGCGGCGGCUGUUGUGAGGUCCAUGACAGAGAAGACCCAGCGGAGGAGAUCCUCAGCAGAGACAAGCAGAGGGAAUGGCGCCCAAAGGUAAAGUUGGAACAAAAGGAAAGAAGCAGAUCUAUGAGGAGAACGAGGCAACACUCAAGUUCUAUACAAGAGUUAUCCUUGGAGCCAACGCAAUAUACGCUGCCGUGAAUUUUUUUGUUUUCUACAGUUCAUCCACAUUUUGGACCUGGCUGCUGCUGUUGUUUGCACUCGCCGUGUACGUUGGGAGUUACCGCUCGAUGUCGGCCAUGGCCAAGCCAGCGUUUGCUGAGGACGGAGGUCUCCUGGAUGGAGGAAUAGACCUCAACAUGGAGCAGGGAAUGGCAGAGCACCUGAAAGAUGUAAUCCUGCUCACUGCCAUAGUGCAAGUUCUCAGCACCAUUUCGUCUUAUUUCUGGUACCUUUGGUUGCUGGCCCCGGCUCGGGCCCUGCACCUGCUUUGGGUGAACCUUUUGGGCCCCUGGUUUAUGGCAGAAAGCCCUUCAGCACCAGAGGAAGUAAAUGAGAAAAAGCAGAGAAAACAAGAACGCAGACAGAUGAGGCGAUUCUGAUGCUGUAGAGCACACUGAGCAGUAUUUUAAUACACACAAUCUAAUAUACAGAAAGCGGGGAACUCGUAAGUUAUUCAGGAAGACAUUUUUUUGUUAUUGAGUUAAAUCCAGUUGAAAUCUGAUACAGUGGACUCUUGUUUUCCAUGUUUUUGAUUUCUUUCUGCUUUCAUGCUGUACUUCAUUUUCUUCCUAAAUCCUGAAAUGAAAUGUUCCCUAUUUAGACUAUGCCUCUGUCCAAAUCCCAUUUGUCUUCAUGACAAGAUUUAAGAGUUUAGCUUUUGCUGAAUGCUUUCAUGCCACCAUCCCCUGCAGAUUUCCCUUUUUCUUCCACACCACUGUCCAAAAACACUUUUGUAAUGUCACGUCUUAUUUUGUUUUAAAAAUAGCUCUCUGUACCCUGUGUCCUGUUGUUACAAAUCAAACUCAAAAGCCUUAAUAAGAGAAUGGGAACAAGUUUGCAAUAAAAAUCUACCUGUG